GAUGAACUAAUUAUUAAUUGUUAUUUGUAAACAAAAGACUAAUCAUAUUAAAAUGUUUAAAAUAUUUUUCGCUCAGUACAAUGUGAAAAAGAACAAAAAAAAAAAACCCAAAACGUGCUUGGCAGGCAAACGCGCGUUCACAAGUGUAGCAGCUCUCCCUGCAAGCGCGUUCACAAGUGUAGCAGCUCUCCGGGCAAGCGCGUUCACAAGCUGAGCUAGGCGCGUUCACAGUGACUGCGGUGAGCUGAUCUGAAAGGCGCCAAAGGAGGACGGUUUUUCCCUGCGACUGUCAGAUAUCAACGCUGUUUAUUUAUGGGAACGAGGUGACUCCGGGGAAACUUCUCAGCGGCUGCUUGGAGGAAGAUUUGGAGACCCGGUCAGAGAGGUGUUUUUAAAGCGAGGUAAAGUGUUUCGAGUUUCUCGUAGCUCGUUGUUGUUCUGCGAGUCGGUUGGGACGGAGAAGCGGAGACCACAGCCUGGAGGCCCUGCAGCGGUUGUCAUGGGAACCGAUGAGGCGUCCGCGAGCAGUACCGGACGGAAUGAAUAGCCGGUCUGAAACACGGGAAGUGGCAGCUGAGUGAUGGAGCUGCACAAUGUGAGAGUGUGGGUGCGUAUGGAGCCCUUCCUGGUGGGGGCACUGCAGGCCCCCCCUCCAGCCAAGUUCAGCAUGCACUACCUGCGCAAGAUGGCCACCUACGUGCGCACGCGUGCCAAGGACGGCUGCUUCCCGCACCUCUGCUGGCCCAUGUGGAGGCACAUCGCCUGCGGCAAGCUGCAGCUGCCCGACGAGCUGGCCUGGGUCUACUUCGAGACCUUCGACCUGCUGGUAGAACGCUCCCCGGAGGAGAGGCUGGAGUGGGCAGAGGCGGUCUCGCAGUGCAGCACCCAUGAGGAGCUGAACAGGCUGCGGCAAAAGCUGUCUGUGGACACGCUGCAGUUCCUGCUGUUCCUAUACACCCAGCAGCUCAACCGUGUCUCCUUGCGCACCUCGGUGAUCGGGGAGGAGUGGCCCAGUCCCCGAGCGCGCUCUCCCUCGCCCGACCACGAGUGCAAGACCAGCCUGCAGAACAAGAACUGUGAUGAUCAGGCGCACCUGGCAUUUGUGCAAACCCACCUGUCGGACCUACUGGAGCUGGUCCUGGACCCGGAGCAGCUCAGCUCGUCGGGUCACUGUGCCCAUGACAGCCUGCUCUCCCCUGAGGCUCUAAGGGGUCUCAGCUUUCUGCUGGAGGGGUCUGUGAGCAAGGCCCGCGCUGUUCACCCCCUCCACGAGCUGCUGUCCUGGGCGCCGCUGCAGACACAGGCCGGGUACUCCAAGCUGUCUCAGGCCUUCUCCCUGCAGAGACUGCAGGCCUGGCUAAAAGACACACUCACACUCAACCCCUUCGGCUACACCACCUGCCUCAAGACUGGCAAGAAGCUCGCCUGGGCACAACAAGUAGAAGGUACGAUGAAGAGGGCAAAGAUCGCCAGGAACACCCACAACGCCCCUGCAGGCAGCAAAAUGGUGCUGAUGUCUCAGGUGUACAAACAGACCCUGGCCAAGGACUCUGAGAAGCUGUCCGGAGCCAACGUGAAGCUGCAUCGCUGCAACGAGUCCUUUAUAUACCUUCUUUCACCUCUGAGGUCAGUCAGUGUUGAGAAGUGCCGGAACACCACAUUAGUGCUGGGCCCUGUGCAGACAAGUGUUCACGUGCAGAGCUGUGAGAAUGUCAAGGUGGUGUGUGUGGCGGGCCGUCUGUCUGUCUGCGCCUCCUCCUACUGCACCUUCCACAUGCUCACCCCCACGAGACCCCUGCUGCUGUCUGGGAAUGUGGCCUUGACCCUAGCCCCCUACCACACAAACUACCCAUCGCUGGAGGACCACAUGGCAAGUGUGGGGCUUGCUGUGGUGCCCAACCUGUGGGACCAGCCUGUUUGCCUUGGAUCAGAGGGCAUAGAGACCCCCUCACCAGCCCCCUAUGGCCUGCUGCCCCCCGGAGAGUUCAACGUGCUGGUGGUACCCUUCGAGAUGGAUGGGGACACCAGUGAGAUACCUGGGGGUCUGCCUCCCCUAUACCAGGCAGCGAUCAGCCACCGCGAGCAGAAGGUGCAGGCCUGGCAGAGGACCGUCAAGGAGGCACGCCUCAACAAGGAGCAGCGCAAGCAGUUCCAGGUGCUGGUGGAGCAGAAGUUUCACGAGUGGUUGCUGGAGACGGGGCAUAGGCAGCAGCUGGACAGCUUAAUCCCAGCCCCCACAGACUCCAAACAGGCAGCCGGCUAGACCCCCUGCACCCUACAGACACAAACAUGGGGUAUCCAUUCACAGGCAGCCGGCUAGACCCCCUGCACCCUACAGACACAAACGUAGGGUUUCCAUACAUGUACAGGAGAUGGGUAUCUAUAUAUUGCCAACAGUAGAACUUCAAAGUCCAGUCACCGCUUUCUCAAACAGACAUGCUGGUAGAAGGAGUAGGACCUGAUCCCUCCCCCCCAUGCUGUGUGACCUUCUGGCAAGUGGGAAUUAUAUGUUGCUGUAUGUUGUAUGUUGCUUCUCAAGUUUGUGGUUCUGUUCUUAUAGUCAAAACCAGUAAGCAUGGAAUGAGGCUGACAGUCUUAUCUGUAAAUAAGGAAGUUCAUUUGGAAAUAAACUAAGCAAACAAAGCUGGUAUUUAUUUAUGUACAAUCUGAGACAAAUAUUUUUGUAUAAAUUUGAAAUUUACGGUGUUGAUUUUGUGGGGGGGGGGGGGACUUUUUGUCAGGGACAGGAUUUUUAUCCUCCAUUUUAAUUACUAAAGUAAGAAGUUAGAAAUAGGAUUGAGGACAGAUACUAUAUAUAUAUUAUUAAUUCAUUAUUAUUAUUGUUUGUUCUAUUGAGGCAUCCACACAAGGGACCUGUCCUUAAAUGUAUUUAUUUGUCUGAAGACACUGUAUUAAAACUUGAAAUGUGAUUUCCUUGGAUGCCCAGAAAGUCGGUACCUUAGCCUCUUUUUGACAGGUUUUGGUGUUGUUUAAUGCUUGAAGCAUCACAUAAAGAGCUGAACCGCCACACACACCAGACUGAGGUGCUUUCCAAUGUUUAUGGUAUUUGUGUUUUCUGUGAUCCUUUUCACCGUUUCUUACGUGUGUGGCCAAUGUUUAUUUCUGUAUUGAGAACUAUUUUGCUUUGUUUUCUCCAAAGUACACUGAAACUGUGUUGUCCCCAUUCUUAAAAAAAAAAAACAUUUAAUAAAUACAUCUCUGUG